GCAUCGUGCGAGGACGGCGUUUCAGUUAGCGGCGAGCCGCUGUCGAGGUAGGGUUUGUUUUAUCGCCGGUCGUUUCCGCCGGCGCGUUCGUUCCCGAUCGCAGCCGAUUUCCUCCUUCGCUUUUGCGCGGCCACGAAACUCGUUUCGCGCCGUUCGGGGAAACGAGACGCGUUCUCUCGAGAUCGUAGCGAGGGUGAUAUUCCGCGAGUCUGUCUGACUGAGUGCGAAAAAAAAUAAACAAACAAAUAAACUUUCGAAGUGGUGAGUCAGGCGGCUCCUCGGACGGGUCCGGUUUCAGUGUGAACAGUGCGUUUAUCUUAUUCCGCGAGACUAAACGUAUAUGGUUUUAGAUUCAUCAUCGUGUCGCGUUCCAAGUAUUCUAACUUGGCCAGUGCCAAUAUAAUGUGAGCCGUGAGUGACAGAGAGACGGGUUUCAGCGAGACACAGAGAAGUACAACGGAAAAUUAAAUCGCGCCUCGAUUUCAACAUGACGCGGAGCGAGGCCUAGGACCGAGAUCGCAUCUCAGUUGCCCCUUUCCGUAGAGGGGAGAGUAAAGAGAGCAGGAGGGAAGACGGGGAAGAGGUGAGUGAAGCUUCUCGUGAUCGUCAGGGUCGCGUUGAACCGCCAACGACACCCGUACCGCAAACCGCGCGCGGAUAUCUGCCGGAGAAGCGCGAAGAACGGAAGAAGGAUCGGAGCGGGCAGUUCGCCAGCGGUGCAGGAUGGCGGAGAAACGGUCCUUUCGGCCGUGGGUCGUCCUCGCGACGAUCCUGUCCGGGCAGCUGCUGCUGCUGCUGCUGCCGCUGCAGCCGGCCCGCGGCGAGAUCUACACCAAGAUGUUCUCGAGCCAGCAGAACCCGAGCGACCCGUGCUACGACGAGGACCGGCCGCGCCGGUGCAUCCCCGACUUCGUGAACGCGGCGUUCGGCGCGACCGUCGAGGCGUCGUCCACGUGCGGCACCGGCGGGCCCACCCGCUACUGCGACGUCACCGACGAGCCCGGCGGCACCACCGGCAUCGGCCACUGCCACGUGUGCGACGACAGCACGCCCCGGCGACGUUUCCCCGCGAGCUAUCUGACCGACCUGAACAACCCGAACAACGUCACCUGCUGGCGCAGCGAGCCGCUCGUCAGCUCGCAGAGCUUCUCGGCGCCGCCCGACAACGUCACCCUGACCCUCUCCCUCGGCAAGAAGUACGAGCUUACGUACGUCAGCCUGCAGUUCUGCCCGCGCGCCGCCAAGCCCGACUCGAUCGCGAUCUACAAGUCGAUGGACUACGGCAAGACCUGGCAGCCGUUUCAGUUCUACUCGUCGCAGUGCCGCCGGGUCUACGGCAGGCCGAAUCGCGCCACCAUCACCAAGGCGAACGAGCAGGAGGCCCGGUGCACCGACAGUCACCGUUACACCGGCGGCGACGGCCUCGGCCCGGUCGGCAGGAUCGCCUUCAGCACUCUGGAGGGCCGACCGUCCGCCGCCGACUUCGACAACUCGCCGGUGCUGCAGGACUGGGUGACCGCCACCGAUAUCCGGGUGGUGUUCAACCGGCUGCACAUGCCGUCGGGCCCGGACCAGGGAUCGUCGUCGCUCAACGGCGAGGAGCAUCACGUGGCGGCGAUCGGGCUGGAGGAGAUGACGAAGCGGGAACGCGAGCGCGAGGAGCGGCUCAAGAGCCAGAAGAACGCGAUUCUGCACGGCCAGGAUCCCCUGGUGACGGCCCUGCCGUCGGUCCAUCAGGUGAUCGCGCCCCAAGAGAUGCAGUCCAACGACGCGAUCGACGCCGCGGUACGCGACAUGGGCUUCGUGCCGGUCACCGUCUCCUCGACCACGACCACGCUCGCCAGCGUGGCGAUGAACGGCCUGGGCCCGAUCGCCACCGCCACCAUGGCCCACCACUACGCGGUCUCGGACUUCGCCGUGGGCGGCAGGUGCAAGUGCAACGGACACGCGGCGCGCUGCAUCCCCGGCAAGGACGGCGAGGUCGUCUGCGAGUGCAGGCACAACACCGCCGGCAGGGACUGCGAGCGAUGCCGGCCCUUCCACUUCGACCGGCCGUGGGCCAGGGCCACCGCCAGGGACGCCAACGAGUGCAAAG